AUGGUUCACAUUCUUCUGUUGCCAACAGCUGACACAGGUGGAGAGAAGGAGCAGAAGGCCAUGGAGGCAGACAGCAAAGAGGACAUUGAAUCUCUCAUGGAGGACAUGGACUACAUCCCUGGCCACUUCCACCUGGACCUCAACCUUAACUGUGAUCCUGUUGGGCCUACGAAGCUGAGACUCAGGGACACUUACCUAAAACAAGAGAGCCUGCGAGGCGAGCUAGAGGCUGAAGCUGGAUAUCUACAGUACGCCGUUCGAAAUCUGCUGGGUCUGCUGGCUUUUCACCUGGAACACUUGGACACAGCUGAAGAAAUAUUCAGAAGCAUCUGUAAAGAAGACCCUGGGAACCUCAAUGCCUGGGCCAACCUGGGCUACGUGUACGACAAGCUGGGGAGAGAGCUUGAUGCAGGCGAGUGUGUGGAGAAAGUUUCCUACCUUAUGGGCUCAGACGGUGGAGAGGCCUCACAGGAAGAGACCAGGAUCCUGGCGGCCCGCUGCCUGGCUGAGCAGGCUUACGUUUAUCCCUACGAUGUGGAGCUGGACAGUGAGGACGACCUGAGAGACAGACUGACGGCAGCAUUGACACUAUACAACAGAGCCCUGGACUAUGGGGGUCAGCUGCUACCACUAGAGGAAAAACGAAGCUGGUCUUUUAAAAUGGCAACCAUCUAUAUAAGACUGGAUCAAAUAGUAAAGACCAAAGAGGACUCUGAAUACUCCAGACUCUAUCACUACAAUAAGGGACUGAAGCUUCUCAAAGAAACACUAGAAUCUGAGAAACCACAACACAAAGCUCUUGCCUGGUGUUACGUUGGCAUCAUGUUGGAGAGGAAGGAAGAGUUCACCACUGUGCCCAUGUCUAUACAUGACUGUGGCUACUCAGCCUCUGAUCCACUAUCCUGCUAUGGAACUGCCAUAAACCUGGCCAGUGAAGACGCAUUUACCCUGAACCUCCUGUCAAAGGUCUUCUUUCUGUUGGGCAAACAUGAGAUGGCCACAGGGAUCUGCAACAUGGCCCUAAACGUGCUCCCAGACCCAGAGCUCAACUGGCAGGCAUACUGCACCCGUGCCAAGAUCAAUAUGAUGCUCUACGCCAGGGACCUACAGAAGGCUAAACAUGGUCAUGGUGGAAUCCCAGACCGACAGAAACUAACUGAGGCCAGAAAAGACUUGGACAAGGUCCUGACUGUUCGUCCAUGUCUGCGGACUCACCUGGAGAUGGCACAGGUGUACUACUACAUGGGUGUAGAUGCACUCCAGGAGAGUCUCUUGGUCGAUGAGGGAGCAGUGAACAGCGCAAUGGUGAGUCUGUCCCAUGCCCUACAGUUUGAGCUGGGUGAUAGCUUGCCGGACCUCCACGUGCUCAGAGGACGCUGUCUCCUGCUGAAGGGGGAGGAGCAGAACGCUGCAGACUGCUUCAAACGUGCCAUGGAGUUAGAGAGACCAGGGAGCACAGACACCACAGCCCUGCGCUGCCUCCUACAGGCACUGUUGAAUCUGUUCAUGCAGGGAGGCCCUGACCCAAGUCUAGCCACCACCCAACUGGAGCUGUGGGUGCAAAAAGCUGAGGAGAGGUACCCUGAGGACAUUGUGAAGUCUGAGCUGAGGUGCCUUUACAGGACUCACACAGCAGAGGUCACAGAGUUAUCCAGGGCUCUGAUCAGGACAGGCAGACUGGACCUAGUGAGGAGGCUUCUGGAAACAGUGGUGCCUAAACAGCUGGUUAAGAAGAGACCAAUGGCUCGGUCUUUCUCCUGUACAUGA